CGUGGUAUAGAUGUACAAAAAUGAGCUUUGUCGUGUUUCUGGUGAGUAGGAGGAUGUCUGUGGGCUAGAUGAGUAUAUGCACGCCAGCACACGCUGUAUGAAUUGCGCGCGAAAAGCGCGUAUCAUAUGCACGUCAUACACGCGCCCGUAUAAAUACCACGCCUUUUUAAUUCAGCGUACUAUUUAAAUGGACUCGAUGUGAAAUGAGCGACAGCUACAGAGAUGAAUCUAAAGAACUCUUUCAUAGUUUCGAGGAGGAGCCGAGCGGAGCCCAACAGAGCUCCCAGUGAGCGGCUGUCUGCGUUACCCAUGAUGCCCCGCGGCACACAGAGGGCCCCUUCAGGAGCCCGCCGGUAAUAAGCAAACAUGCUGGACAGGGCAAACAUUUGAACGCAGCUUACAUUUAUGAGCUGAAUCUGAACUUUACCUGCGUGCCUGAUCGACAAUGCAGUCCUGCUGGAAUGGUGGACCGAAGCUCCGAUGAAGAUCACGUCUUAUUUCCGCUAAAAGCCCGUCUUAAGUCGCACAGAUCGUCAGCGCGUGGAGGACAGUCAUGCAGAGGCGCCGGUUUCUGGGCAAGCGCCUGGCUUCAGCGCUGCUCUUCUGCUCGCUUCUGCUCCUGUAUCUCCAGGCCUGCAGGUCUCCGAGAGGAACCCGCUCCAGACGUCCCCCGGGAGACGACGCGCCGGAGUCCGUCCUGCGGCAGCACGAGCGACGCUUCCUCCAGCGCAGCAGGAACCUGACCAGGCUGAUCUCGGAGCUGAGAGCCGAGCUGCAGAGACCCGUGGAGCUCCGGGAGCAGGACCAGGCCGAGCUGGAGGAGCUCCUGAGGAAGCAGCUCCGCCGCACCGAGCUCUUCGGCGGAGAGCGGCUGCCCAGCGAGUUUGCCGUGCUGCCGUUCGAGACCUUCACCCUCCGCCGGGUCUACCAGCUGGAGAGCGGCCUGACCAGGCUCCCGGUGGAGAGUCCGCUUCGUCCGGACCGCAGGAACGAGCUGAACGAGGCGCUGGAAGCGGCGCUGCAUCUCCUGAACCAGCCCCAGCAGCGCAGGGUUUACUCUCCUCAACACUUCUAUGAAGGAAUCUUUCGCACGGAGAGGGACAAAGGAACGCUGUAUGAGCUGGCCUUCAGAGAAAGCGCUUCUCCAGACUUCAGGAGGCUGGUGUUCUUCCGUCCCUUCGCUCCUCUGAUGAAGGUGAAGGAGGAGGUGAUGGACGCCUCUCAGAUCCUCGUCAAUGUGAUCGUGCCGCUGGCCGACGCAGUGGACGCUUUCAGGCGAUUCGCGCUGCAUUUCAGUGAAGCUUGCAUUCGUCAGGACGGACGGACGCAUCUCACCGUGGUGCUGUUUGGGGCCGAAAAGAUGCAUGAAGUCAAAGGAAUUGUGGAUGCAAUGUCGAGGAGGAUGAAGUACAGGAACGUGACUCUGAUCCGUCUGAACGAAGCCUUCUCCAGACGACGAGGUCUAGACAUCGGAGCUCGAGCCUGGAAGAAAAGCAACGUCCUGCUGUUGUUCUGUGACGUGAACGUUCGCUUCAGCGCGGACUUCCUGGACUCCUGCCGCAUGAACGCUCAAGCAGGUAAAAAGGUGUUUUAUCCGGUGAUGUUCAGCCUGUAUAAUCCAGAGGUCAUCUAUGGUCAACACAUCCCUUCUGCUGAAGAUCAGCUGGUGAUCAGGAAAGACUUGGGCUUCUGGAAGGAUCUGGACUUCGGGACGACGUGCCAGUACAGAUCGGACUUCAUCAACGCAGGUGGCUUUGUGAAAGGCGGAGCCGCGGGAGAUCUUCACCUCUACAGGAAGUUCCUCCACAGCAGGCUGGUGGUGGUCCGCGCUCCGUGGCGAGGCCUGUUUGACGUGUGGCACCCCACCGUCUGUCACGCGCACGCUCCCGGAGAGACCUUCGAGCUGUGUCUGCGGGAGAAAGCGCUGAAGCAGGCGUCUCACGGUCAGCUGGGACACAUCCUCUUCCGCCAGCAGAUCAACGAUCAUCUGCACAAAUACAAGCAGCACGGUAUCAAGCCGUGA